UUCUGAGUCUCCGUAAUGUUCUAACGUGACCCUUGAGCAUGAGGAAGAUUUGAGUUAUUUGACUUUCCUUCACUUUUCGAGAGACAUUAAUGUGCAACGCGUAAUAACAACGUGACUCAUGCGGGUGUUUUCCUGUUUCUUUCACUGUUAAAAAAUGUUAAUGGAGACACCGCUGAACAGAUGUAAGCUAACGGACCAAGCUAACUAAGCUAGCUAACUAGCUUCUCAGAAAUAAUGUUGGCGGCGCUGUGGAGGGUUCGAAUCCCUCGGUGUCUUCCUCUGGACCUCACGUCGGGACUCGCCUGGGGACCAGAGUCCAAGGGACAGGGACUGGAGCUGGUGAGACAUGUCAGCUCCUCCUGCAACAUGUGCGCUAAAGCCCGAGGACAGCAGAGCAGAGGAGAGAUGACGGAGAAGAAGCUGACCCGUCACUUUGUGGACCAUCGCCGUGUGAAGCUGACGGCUGGAUCGGGGGGUAAAGGGGCCUGCUGCUUUCACAGUGAGCCCCGAAAAGAGUGGGGUGGACCGGAUGGAGGGAAUGGAGGUGAUGGAGGAAGCAUCAUUAUCAAGGCGAAUCGUUUUGUCAAAUCCUUGGCACAAGUAGUUCCGUUGUAUAAGGGAGAGGAUGGGCAAUCGGGCGGCAGCAAGAACUGUUAUGGUCGGAACGGCAGCCCAACCUACGUUCCUGUACCGUUAGGCACUGUGGUGAAGGAGGAGGGAAAAACUGUAGUGGACCUCUCUGAACACGGGCUGGAGUAUCUGGCUGUAUUUGGAGGGGCCGGAGGAAAAGGGAAUCGAUUCUUUCUGUCCAAUGAGAACCGGGCCCCCAUGACGGCAACCUCAGGCGUGCCAGGAGAGGAGAGGGUCCUUCAGCUGGAGCUACGCACCAUGGCACACGCAGGACUGGUGGGUUUUCCUAAUGCUGGGAAAUCCUCGUUGUUGAGAGCCAUAUCCAAUGCCAGGCCUGCUGUGGCUGCUUACCCCUUCACAACACUCAGCCCACAUGUGGGAAUUGUCAGUUACAGGGAUCAUGAGCAAGUUGCAGUUGCUGACAUCCCAGGCAUCAUUCGGGGAGCCCAUCUAAAUCGAGGCCUGGGCAUCUCCUUCCUUCGUCACAUAGAACGCUGUCGUUUCCUCCUCUUCGUCCUGGACCUGUCCGCUCCGGAGCCCUGGACUCAGCUCCAACACUUACGUUAUGAGCUGGACCAGUAUGAGCCUGGUCUGUCCACGCGACCUCAGGCCAUCAUAGCCAACAAAAUGGACCUGCCCGAGGCCCGGGAGAAGCUGGAGACUCUGAGGAGCCUUGUCUUGGAGCGGGUCAUUCCCGUGUCGGCUCUCACUGGACAGAACACAGAGGAGCUCAUCCUCCACCUCAGAGAGCUGUAUGACGGCUACCUCCAAGGACAAGGUGCUGGGGAAGGGAAACCCACUAAGUGGUAGCAAAAAACGAUUUCCUUUUGCUUAACUGAUAUCUAUGUAAUGUAUAUACACACUGGAAGAUGAAGAAUGUAUUUAUUUGCUUAAUAAAUAUAUAAAGACAAUGUUAUGUUCCAAUAUAUGCUGAAAACACUGAAAUAUAUAUAUAUAUCUUGAAAAUGUUUUAAUGUGUUAGGAUUAACAACUAGCUGUCACAUCUAGACAAAUAAUACAAAUAUACAGUAUGAAUUUGAUACAAAUCCUGGACAUCAAAACUGAGGACACGGAAAAUGUUGUGUGUUUCCAGUUCCUAAAUGAACCAGCAGAGGGCAUGUAUCACAUAACAUUUACAAUUGAACCUGUUGUGGUGGAACGACUUAUUGUGAUGUGUCUUAUUUAAUCACUGCUUAUUCAGCUCCAAAGGCAAAUCGAGCUUAAUGGAGAAAUGGAGGUUAAUAAAUAAAAUACAGAAAACUGGUGAAUAAGCAGAACAGAAACAAACUGUCAAGCUCGCAAAUUGUCUCCCAGAGGCCCGGUGUGGUCAGUGCUUGAAUAAAAUAGGGCGACCAUCUCUUAACUUGGUUCCCAGGUUGAUUGUUGUUUAUGUUCUUCGUUCACAAGAAAAACCACUACAGACAAAUAUGCUGUACCAGCCUGUGAUCCUGCACUCGGAUAAAUGGCAGAAUAAAGAAUUUAACUGAAAUCAAGCUAAAAAUAGUAUUAAACAGCUGCUAGGGGAGAUAUAAUGGAAGCUUUUACUCUUAAGACUUAGUUGGAAGGGAUGGUCAAUGAAAAGGAAGAUUGGAGAAUGAAUGGCCUGAGCUGCUGCACUGUGAUACUGAAGAGGUAAAAGCUUCUUUGGAAACGUGCCACUCCUGUGGUUUUGUUUGAACAGACAAUAAACGUCAGCCUCCUUCCCUGGAACUUCUAAUGGAGCCUAUUGUGUUUUAA